AUGGCGACGGCGACACCUCCAGGCAAGAUCACCUUGCCUCCUGCGCCAUCUCCAAGAGAGAUAUUCGAUGAUCCAUCGUACGAAUCACCUCGAUCCGAACUCAACUCUACACGAAAAUCUCAACGCGGAGUUCAACUUGAUCUCAACGAUGAUCCUAGCGUACCACUACCGAAACAGAGGAGACGAUCUACUCGACCCAGUUUCGCCACGUCUAUCAGGAGACCAGGAACGAUGGGCAUUCGAGCUCGACAAGCUAGUCGAGCGAGCGCUUGGUCAGGCGUAGCGGAAACAGUCAUGGAUGAAUCAUUGAAAUUGCCCUCCCUGGUGCCCGGUAUUCGACCUGCUUACUCGACUCCUCUACCUGUCUUACCCAUGGUUGUUUUAUGUAUCGCCAUGCUGUCUGAGCUACUAUCUGCUAAUUUGUGUACGCCGUUCUUGCUGAAAAUGGUCGAAGGCUUCUUCCUCUCAUCUGGAAGGGAGAAGAAUAGCGAGACCGAAGCUGCUGUGGGAUUGUGGACGGGUAACCUCGUAUCCGUCUUUUUCAUCACUCAAUUCUUCACCAGUCUACUGUGGAGCAAGAUUGCAGAUCGACACGGUAGACGAGCCGUGCUUGUAGCGAGUCUGUCGGGAAGUGCUAUCGCGCUCAUGAUCUUUGGAACUUCCGAAUCCCUUCCCGAGGCCAUCUGUGUCCGAUUGGUUCAAGGUAUCUUUGGUGGUGCAGUCGGAGUGUUUCGAGGUUCGAUCAGAGAUAUCACAGACGAAACCAAUGCGAGUCAAGCGUACUCAAUCCUCGGUUUCAUGUGGGGUUUCGGAGCCGUCAUGGGACCAAUCUUUGGAGGCGUGUUUGAGAACCCCGCAACCAACUUUUCAAACAGCUUCUUGGGGCACAUUGAACUCUUCCACACCUUUCCGUAUCUUCUGCCGACCCUCUUCGCAAGUACGAUCCUCAUCACGGGCUCUAUCCUGGCUUGCUUCUUGUCCUGGGACGGAGGUGUUCGUGGAGGAUCACGUAUUGCUCUAAGCAUCGAGAAGAAUGAGCCAUUGGUGCCUGCCCAGGUGCCCGACGAAUCCCCAGCACCGAGCUCUCGCACUGCUGUCCCAUCAUUACGAAAUAAGCGGAGCGUCCUGACCCCGGAUCCUGAAUUGCUCUCUCCUACAGACCCUACUGGCCCAGUACCCAAUCGACGAGAUAGUCGAGCAAGCCUGGGAACGGCUUAUGGAUACGGUGGAAUUCGAUCAAAGCACCCGACUCUGGCUGCUCGCGCGGCGCUUGAAGCCGCCAGAAGGGUUUCCCAGGCAACCGUGAGGCAAGAGCCCUCGGACGAAAUGGAAGAGGAACCUCGGCUGGGUCUCGCGCAAAAGUGGCUAUUGGCCAACGAGGAAAACACAUUCAAUAUCAAUGACCUGUGGGUCUCUGCCGCUGUAGCUCAAGAGACGGCCGUGUUCGAGGACGAAGAUGAGGAUGAAGACGCAGACGCCAGCGCCAGUGCCAAUUCUCCAGUGUUUACGCCUGGAUCGGAAUCCGCGGCAUCAGGGAGCGUGUCACGCCGAGGCAAUCGGGUUCUCAGCGCUCGGUUCGGACCUGCCGCACACCGAUUCUCCACGUCUCGCAAGUUCUCCACCAGUUCUGGUCAACUUCCAGCCAUCUUUGCCAAUACUGGACUGUCAGAACUGCCCGCGCUGGAGUCGCCUCGCGAAUCUGGUCAAGACCCGUUCUUCCCUUCGCCUGCACCUGGACGUGUGGUCCCCAGUGGGCUCGGAGCCAUCGCAGAGGGUCGUCAGGUCAAUGAGACAUCUCCAUUGGUCAGCCCGAACGUUGAGCUGGUCGAGCAGCCUACAAGCACAUGGAAAUCUCUACCUCUCCUCAUGAUUCUCGAGUAUGGCCUUCUCGCGUUUCACAACACGACGCACGAUCAGAUCUACCUCUCGUUCUUGGUCACGCCUUAUCGAUCUGGGGGCUUGGGCCUCAAUCCUGCCAACUUUUCCCUUAUCAUCGCGACGAUGUGCAUCUUCCAGCUGUUCUACCAAUUUUACCUUUACCCUCGACUUGGUCCUCCCCUAGGACAAUUCACGCACAUUCAAAUGUUCAGGAUCGGGUGUUUCCUGUACCUGCCUGCAUACCUGUGCCUGCCGUUCCUGCACAAGAUUGUGGGCGAGAACUCGUCCGGCGGCAUGUUUACCGUUGGAUGUGAGGCCAUUCGAUACUGCGCAGGAACGCUAGCCUACACUUCUGUCAUGGUGUUGAUUAACGCCAUGUCGCCUCCUCAUGUUGUGGGUCUGGCCAAUGGAUUGGCUCAGAGCACCGUGUCGUUUGCGCGAUUUUUUGGGCCUGUCGUUGGCGGAUCGGCAAGUUUAUCUAAAAUGGGACUCUGGAGUGCCAGUAUCAGUGGUAACCCAACAGGUUAUUCACGUCCUUUUUUCACCGUCGCCUUGUUCUGCCUGAUUCAAUGGUCUGUCUCUUUUUUCAUCCGUUGA